GACGGCAGCUUCUAGGACGCUUCCGUUUAGAUCUCUUGGAGCUCCCCGAAGGAUGACCCAGACCCUCAACCAAAGGGAGGACUCUCUUAACCUGGGCGCUGGGGGGGCAUCCUCGACCCCGUUACGCACCUGGUCCUCCUGCCACCGGAGGCGCAGAGGCGCUCCGAUUUACAAGCGACGCCACCGCUAUGGCCCCAAGGCCGAAUAUGAGCCCCAGAGGAAACAGCCGAAGCAAAAGCACGGCCCUGGCCCUUGGUUUCAACCACCCCGACGGCCUUAUUGGGCCGUGUACUCUAACUGGGGGCGCUGGGGAGGGCCCUGGCGCCCACCCCCGGCGGGAUUCCGGAAGCCCCCCUGCUGGCUGCAAGUGAUCCGGGUGUACGGCCUGCAGCCGCUCUGCUUUUGCUGCUGCUCCUGCUGGCGCGGGCCCUGGAACCCCGGCUGGGCGAGGCCCCCCGGCAGGAAUAAGCGCUGGGGCCGCAGGGGCCGCGGCCUGCGCCGCCACCCGCGCCGGCCCUCCCCGAAGAGCCCGCCUGCGGAGGUGAACACGCUGCUGCGGCCCGUCAGCCUGUCCGCGUGGCCGGCACCCGGGAUGCGGGCGCCGCCCAACACCACCCAGUUCAUCAUGAACCAGAUCUACGAGGACAUGCGGCAGCAAGAGAAGCUGGAGCGCGAGCAGGAGGCGCUGCGGGCGCAGAAGGCCCGGGAGGGCGGCCUGGCCUCCCCGGCGGCCUCCUCUGGAAACCACGCGCCCCCCAACGGCGGCGAGGAAGACAUGGAGCUGCGGGAAACUUCGUAUAGCUAUGCGUACAAUCCUUUACUGGUGUUCACUCCUGACCCCAACGAGGAGAACCAGUCCCCCACGCUACAGCCGGUGGAGGAAGGAGAGGAGAAGAAGGAUGAGGAGGAGGAGUGUGACGAGGAGGAGUGUGAUGAGGAGCAGGAAGAGGAUGAGGAGGCUGAGGAUGAAGAGGAGGUCGAAGAGGCUGACUCUGUGGAGGAAGAGGAGGAGAAGGAAGAGGAAGAAGAGGAGGAGACAGAAGAGGAAGAGGAGGGCCUGGAGGAGGAUGAGCAGAGAGAGGAAGAGAAUCACCUGCCUCUGAAAAUGCCUUUAUCAAUCCUAGUGGGGACUGAAGAAGAGAGAGAGAACUUUAUAAACUGUACUUAUUUAAGCCCAGAACAGAUAAUUCCUGAAGUGCCACAGGAAGCUCUCUUCAUGGUACAGGACAUUAACUAUUAGACAUCAGGAAAGGGAUUGAGGAACGGGAUGGAACUGAUUGAGGCUAAAAUGGCUUAGCAACUUACUAAAAACGAAUUAAAAAGCCAGUUCCAUUAAUAAACAUGUCUAUGUAAACCCUU